AUGCUUGAAGAGCCCGUCCCGGCUGCCCAAGAGCCAGAGCAGCUUGGAGCAGUCAAACUGGAGGAAGAGGAGGCUCCUGGUCAGGAGGACAUCAGGCAUGCACAGGCCAGGCCCCGGCCUGAGGUGGCUCACCAGCUCUUCAGAUGCUUCCAAUAUCAGGAGGACAUGGGGCCGAGGGCGUCCCUGAGCCGGCUUCGGGAGCUCUGCAACCACUGGCUGAGGCCAGCUAUGCACACCAAGAAGCAGAUCCUGGAGCUGCUGGUGCUGGAGCAGUUCCUGAGCGUGCUGCCCCCCCACCUCCUGGCUCGGCUGCAGGGCCAGCAGCUCAGGGACGGCGAGGAGGUGGUGCUGCUGCUGGAGGGCAUCCAGAGGGAGUCCAGCGCCGUGGGGCCCCUGGAUUUUAGUUUUAAUACUGGUAAGAAUUGUCCCCGGGCAGACAUCACUUUGGAGGAACAGGGGGGCUCUUCCCAGGUCUCCAGUCACAGCCCCAAAAAGGAACUGCCCUCAGAAGGACCUCCAGCCCUGGAGGCACCGAAGGAACCCCUGCCAUCCCAGCCAGGGCCUUCCAAGCCCGCUGAGCUGGAGACCUGGAGACAUCCACCAAGUGCAAAGCAGCCACUGAGCCCAGGUCCCAAGAGGACGUUCCAGGCCCUGCAAGAGACUGUCCCCCAGGGCCCUGUCCUAUGGCUGGAGGAAAACUCCCGAGAUCAGGAGCUGGCAGCUGUGCUGGAGUCCCUGACCUUUGAAGAUGUCCCAGCAAAGAAGGCUUGGCCCACGCACCCUCUGGGAUUUGAAAACAGAACCGCAGAUGAGGAGUUUAAAGAGGAGCCCAAAGGGGUGGCCUGGCCUGCUGCCGUCUCCACAGAGUCUGGGGCAGAUGGUGCUGGGGUGGCAGAAGAGCCCCACCUUCAGGUGCUGGGGCCGGGCCCAGAAGUGAGUGGCUCUGGUGAAGGAGGGUCCCCUCCCGGCAGGAGUGAUAUUCUGGAGGUCAAAGUGGCUGGGGAGAUGCCCAGGUCGGAGCCAGGGAUGGAAUUCAUCUGCACAGACUGCGGGGUGAGCUUCCGAGAGCUGGCCUGCCUGGAGGCCCACCAGCUGCGGUCUCACCCCGGCGCUCGGGCCUUUCCCUGCCAGUGCUGCGGGAAGAGCUUCGGCCGGAGUUCCAUCCUCAAGCUGCACAUGCGCACGCACACGGACGAGCGGCCACAUGCCUGCCACCUCUGCGGCCACCGCUUCCGCCAGAGCUCACAUCUGAACAAACACCUUCAGACUCACUCCUCUGAGCCCGCCUUUCUGUGUGCCGAGUGCGGUCAGGGCUUCCAGCGCCGGGCCAACCUCAUGCAGCACCUGCUGGCGCACGCCCAGGACCAAAAGUCCCCGUGCGUCCCUGAGACCAAGAGCGAAGCACGCGAGCUGGCCGUGGUCCUGUGCUCUCACUGUGGCCAAACCUUCCAGCGCCGCUCCAGCCUCAAGCGCCACCUGCGGAUCCACGCCAAGGACAAGGGCCACCAGUGCUCUGAGUGCUCGGGCAGCCUGCGCCCAGGCCCCGAGCGCAGGCCUUACGUGUGCGGUGACUGUGGCAAGGCAUUCCGGCGCAGCGAGCACCUGGGGGCCCACCGGCGCGUGCACACGGGCGAGCGGCCCUUCUCCUGCCAGGUCUGCGGCCGCAGCUUCAGCCAGAGCUCCCAGCUGGUCUGCCACCAGCGGGUACACACGGGCGAGAAGCCCUACAGCUGCCCUCACUGCGGCAAGCGCUUCGUGCGCCGGGCGGGUCUCGCCCGCCACCUCCUGACCCACGGCGGCCCGAGGCCCCACCAUUGCACCCAGUGCGGCAAGACCUUCAGCCAGACACAGGACCUUGCCCGCCACCGGCGCAGCCACACGGGCGAGAAGCCCUGCCGCUGCAGCGAGUGCGGCGAAGGCUUCAGCCAGAGCGCCCACCUGGCGCGCCACCAGCGCAUCCACACCGGGGAGAAGCCCCACGCCUGCGACACCUGCGGCUACCGCUUCCGCAACAGCUCCAACCUGGCCCGCCACCGCCGCAGCCACACUGGCGAGCGGCCCUACGGCUGCCCGACGUGCGGCCGCAGCUUCCGGCGCAACGCGCACCUGCAGCGGCACCUGGCCACCCACGCGGGGGCCGGGAACGAGGCGGCGUCCCGGCAGGCCGAGCCCCCCCAGGAGUGCCGGGAGUGCGGCAAGAGCUUCAGCCGCAGCUGUAAUCUGCUGCGCCACAUGCUGGUGCACACCGGGGCCAGGCCCUACUCGUGCGCACAGUGUGGCCGCAGCUUCAGCCGCAACUCGCACCUGCUGCGGCACCUGAGAACCCACGCCCGCGAGACCCUGUACUAG